GUGACGACGUUAUUGAGGGUGUGCAACAUCGUCGACGAUUAUGAAAACGUGUUAACUGGACAUUAGGAAUCCACGCGUUUCAUUGAUUUUUUUCGUUGAAGAGUUAUCUGCUUGGAAAUAGCUGUAUGAAAUUACCGGUGGUGAUGGUAGUAUAUUGACAGCGUGGUCAGAAUGUAGCAUUACAUUCGUCAAUCUGUCGCAGUGAGUUGAGGUUUUGUUGGCGAUCAGUCCUCGUUGUUAGGUCUUCAAGGGAGCCGUGAUUAUCUACAUCUGAACCGGACGGUUUGUCUGAACUGUAUUAUAUAUCUUGUUUUAUGGCAUGAGCAGAACGUGGUUAUUUUCUGGUGCAUUGUUGAAUUGAUUUCCGUGAUCUGAACACUUAAACCGAUUAGUACCAUUAUCUGAACAGAACAUUACAAUCUAACUUAUGUGAACUGAUUUUUGAAACUUGAACCGAUUGUUGGAAUGAGUACCGAUUGUCGGAAGCUGAAUCGACCGUUAGAAUCUGAACCGAAUGAGAACUGAUUGUUGGAAUCUGAAGCGAUUGUUGGAUUGAAUUGUGAACCGAAUUUGGGAAUGUGGACCGAUUUUUGGAUACUGAACCAAUUGUUGAAAUCUGAACCGAUUAUUGGAAUCUGAACCGGGCAGUUUUGGACCCUAAUACGAGUGAGUAGUUGGUCCGAGGUUCAGUGAUCGUCUUGAAGCCCAACUAAAAGCUCUGAUCUGAGCUCACCAUUGUCGAAGCACUUAUCUGACUUAGACGAGAAUAUUCCUUAUGUCAGAAAUAAUUGUGAGAUAUAACUACCAUUAAUAUAAACUCUGCUUCUAGCCAUUCCCACACAAGACAACAAAGGUUUUGUUCACUUAGAACAUCGGUCCAUUUCCUUGAAUUACUGACCAAGAUGGAUCGCAAGAAGCAUUAACUCCGAACUUAAUACAAGUCUGUUAUCUUAACAGCCCCCGACCAGUCAAGCCUUACCGACACCUGACACCAACAGAUUGACCACGCGGUACCCAAACACAUCUGAAUGAGUCCGUGGUAAUCUAAAUGUUUCGGAACAAGAGCCGUUGCAGGAGACAAAGAUGCAACAAAUUGAGAUUAAUCACAAUCAAUUAAGACGUAUCAUAUCAUCGUGGAGGAGGCUGUCUGAAUGACAACACAUAUGUGACUGAUUGUCCCCCGCCUGCGUUCAGCCCAUGAAUCGAUUGAUGAGAAUGUGAGGUGAUCUUACGUGAUCAACUAUCUCCGGACACAUCUGUCGGAGGAAGCGCUGCAACAUAGUCAUGUGCUGAGCGAACAGACACGGGCUUAUUGAAAUUGACUUACUUUCACAGACAGUGCUUUAAUACACCUAGGCGUGCUCACUCAAAGGGAGGAGUGAGGUGAAUUCUGAAUGUAUUUUGACGAUGUUACCUUUAUUCGAGAAUUUAACAAUUAUUUGUAAACAGGUGUGGGAUUCAGACAGUUUGUAAAUCCAAUUACAGACGUCAUCUAACAAUUUUCAGAAGGGAAAAACGCCAUAGAUUAAGCCUACAGUCGAAGCAUAUUACGUUUGCAGUAGCUACUAUUUGGACAUUUUGGAAAAUGGAUGAGAGGUAUCGGAAUCUCAUGGAAAGGAACAGGACGCUCCUGACGAAGAACCUCAUCAUCACUGACGACUUCUACGACUUGUUGCUGAAGGAGAAGGUGUUGCCACAGUCCAUGAUAGCAGACGUCAAGGAAGAUGGCUUGAGUCGCGAGGAGAGAGCGGAGAGGUUGAUGAGCGCUCUACAACUGAGAACGAGCGCUGCCUUCAGACGCUUCCGGCGAGUGUUGCUAGGCACCGGUCACUGUUUCCUGGCCGAUGUCAUGUGGGAUGAAGAGUCGAGUCACGCGGACAUGGAAGAGACGAUCGCGAGCCGGUUUCCCGCCAUUUUGGAGAGAAUACCAGACGACAUCCGGAAGAAGUUGAUCACGUGUUUAGACAGCAUGGUGCGAGAGAAGACGUUGGUGACGUCGUGGCAGGCGGCGCCGAGCGAUCGUCUGGAGGUCAUCAAAACAAGAGCAGCCGACUUCAAACACGAGAGACACCUCCGUGAAACCAUACAGACGAUGCACACUCAGGUUGCACAGCUCCAAGCAGAGGUUAAGGGUAAAGACGAACAACUCCGAAGUCUAACGAUUGAAGUGCAGAGUCUUAAUAAGGAGCUGGAACGCCUCCGGUAUGAGCAUGUCAACGACAUCGAAAAGCAAGCCAACUUCAACACCGCCAACAGCAAAACCAUCAUUCGCCUCAAGGAGAGAUUUGACAUGCUCAAUGCCAACAUUGCAGGGAUCAAUUAUCAGCUGAGGUCAUUUCUUGGCGAGGAAUCCGAGAGGUGCGAGGGUGACCCUGACAAUGUGAAGGUCACUCUUCUAGAACGGAACUUAAAGAAGGUUCUUCAGCUCGCUAACGUCGGGCGGGAGAACGCUACAUCUGUGUCAAACGAAAAGGAGGCAGUGUGUGCUCUGCUCGGGGUAAAGAACACCAAAUACUCCGACAAGUCACUUACCGAUGUUGUCAAAGGUCAUCUUCAGAAGGAGGACAAGGCCAAGAAUAACCUUUUAUCGGAAAUACAGAAACUGAGUGACGUGUUGACACGAGACACUCCAACUCUCUCCGAUCACAAGGCCAACCAACAGUCAGUAAGAACCGACCUCCGCUUCCUGGCGAUGCAGGUGGCGAUGGUCCACGCCCAGAUCGAACAUCUCUACAAGAAGAUGGUGUGGAAGGAUGCGGAGAUCGACUCCCUCCGACAAGAGAUACAAGCACUCAGGAAGAACCUCUCCAACGUGAAGACAAAGACGAGAUCUAGAGUGUCGAGUCCUGAGAUGACCAGGGAGAUGAGGAUUGCUUACGCUCAUGUCAACGACUACCUCCGAGAAGACAAGAUGGAGCCGGUGAGGUCACAGGACGCCGUUCCUGCACGGAGGGUGAUCAGGGUGAAGCCGCCAGGGAGCAAGCCGAGCUCCCAGGGAGGGCCUCGGCGGCAGAUCAGCAUGCCCCUCGUCAGGGACUAUGAUGUACCCCCCACAGAAGUCUAACUGGUCAGGAGAUGAUAUGCCUGCUGCAGAAGUCGGGGUGCCAACUGUCAUUGUCAACACACCAGUGUAUUAACACCCUGUGUUAACACUUUCAUCUUCCCGAGGCAAACGAGUUAACUGACUAUAAAAGUCCAGUUCGCAGCCAUGCCGAACUAGGCUGGU